CAUUAGCCGCGAGGAAGUGCGGGGACAGGGAAGGGAGGAGACGGUGUGUGUGCGAUGGGGCGGGGGCUGCAUGGAGGCAGCAUCGGAGCCCACCCGCGAUUGGUGCUGCCGCCCCAGCCCGUGUGAACGGGGGGCGGUGAACCGGGAUCAGAUCCGGAGCGAGGCGGGGGGAGGACGGACCUGCCCAGCCCAGUCCCAGCGCUUCCCCUUCACUUCUCGCCUCCACGUGCGGCUUUUUCAUUCUUUUGUUCCCGGGGUGUCAUUUUUGCCUCUUUCUCUUCCCGGCUCCAGAAGGACUUUCCAGCUGGGACAGACCAUGAGCAAUGACUUGACUGCAUGGGACAACACGACUGAGAGCACAACGACAGUGCCCGGCGAGGUGAACACGCAAGAUGGGUAUGUGCUGCUCCUUGUGCUGCUCUCCAUCUUCAUCGGAGGGACCUUGGUCCUGCUGUCCGGGAUCCUGAUUGUCUGCCGCCGGUGCUGCGAGACAGACCGCAGGCACUCCAGAGCCAGUGAUGACCCUGAAAAAACCAACACCACAUACCUGGAUGACUCUCAGCCUCCGCAAGAGAUCACCAUCAAGGUGGACGACCCCGACUGCCUGUCGGCCUCCAGCUACCGGGAUGUGGAGACGGAGCGUUUCCUCUCGUCCAGCUCCUCCACCGGGCGCCGGGUCUCCUUCAACGAGGCCGCACUCUUUGAGCAGAGCAAGAAGACCCAGGAGAAGGGGAGGAGGUACACGCUGACCGAGGGGGAUUUCCACCACCUCAAGAACGCCCGGCUGACCCACCUCCACGUCCCGCCGCCCGCCCUCAGGAUCAUCACCAUCCACGAGUGCGAGUCCACCGAGAACAGCCUGGCCAUGUCGCCCCGUCUGCCCCCCCCCAAACCCAGCCUCGCCAUCUUCCAGCCCCCGGGGGGCACCCUGCCCCAGACAGCCCUGACCGCCCACGCCAUGUGCCCCAGUUCCGCCCUGCCUGGCGACACCUACAACUCCACCGUGGACACCAGCUUCGCCGAAGCCAGCCCAUCCAUCUCCUCCUCCUCUGGGGAGAGCCCUUCGUUUGAAGGGGCCACCAGGAGUGGGAAAGGCACCGGCGCGGGCGGCACCGGACCCGGGGAGCCCCUGCCACCCCCUGCCCAGGGCACCGUGCUCCAGUUCUUCACCCGUCUGCGGCGUCACGCCAGCCUCGAGGGCACCAGCCCCUACUUCAAGAUCAAGAAGUGGAAGAUUGAGAGCAACCAGCGGGCAUCCAGCCUGGAAACCAGAGGCUCACCCAAGCGGCGUCAGUUCCAGAGGCAGCGGGCGGCGAGCGAGAGCAUGGAGCAGGAGGACCAAGACACCCAUCAGACAGGCAUCAUCCAGUACAUUGCCCGGACAGACGACAUAGCCUUCUGCCCCAUGGCUGGGCCCUUCCUGCCAUCCCCCUCCAGCCCCCCACCCUCUCUCGGCAGGUUAGAGCCAGCAGAGGCGAGCGGGGGCAGCGUCCCCAAGUCACCCAGCAUGGAGCAGCAGACCAUCUACCACGACAUCUGGAGCCUGCGGGCCUCCCUGGAGCUGUGCACCUCGUCCGAGCAGAGCAACGACCAGGACUCCGUGCGCAGCAAUGGGGGCGACAGCAUCUGCUCAGCCGGGGGUGGCAUCCCCGGCUUCCCCUCUUCCCUGGAGGAAGCUGAGGGCCUGGACGAGUGGCCGUGGGCCCGGCCCAGGCAGGAGAGCGCGGAAGCAGAGCCGGGCACACGCAAGCUGCUGCAGAUGGACAGUGGCUACGCCUCCAUUGAGGCGCCGAGCCGGGCGGGUGAGGACGGGCGUCCCAAGGACCAGACAGCCUCGGAGAAGCGCAUCUGUUUCACCAGCGCCGGACGCAAGGGCACCAUCUUCGAGAGCUUCGAGGGGCACGAGCCCGAGGAAGAGGAGGAAGAAGAGGGGGCAGUGGGGGAGCCGCUGCCCCACAGUCCCCUGGCCUGGUCCCCCUAUGGGCAGAUCUUCCUAGCCCGGGAUGCGCUGCCCCGGCGGGACUACAGCAUCGACGAGAAGACAGACGCCCUCUUCAACGCCUUCGUCCGUCACGACCCGCAGUUCGACGACUCGCCCCUGCGUGCCAAGCACCGCUCCCGCACCCACCUGCGCAAGCAGUGGCAGCGCUCCAAGCAGUACAGCGACCCCGGUGUGCACUACCCCCCUGCCUUGGAGCGCCACCGGACCCCGCUGCGCCGGGGAGACAGCCUCAACUACCCUUUGGACAGCCGCUACCAUGGCACCCUGCCCCGCAUCGUCAGCACCGAGGAGGUGGGCGAGGCCGGGGACGACUCUGCCGUGCCCGACGCCGAUGCCAAGAUCCAGGUGAUAGAGGAGGAGCCAUCCGAACUGGCUGGCGACCUCAAGCUGGCUUCUGAUCCCUAUGAAGAAGAUUGCCCUGGCAAUGGCCAGGGCCCAAACUGUGGCCUCCAGCCCCUAGGGGCUGAGCUGAUGGACAAGAUCAUGGGGGGGCUCGAGGACAGGCUGUACGGGCACUUGAGAAAAUCGAGAGAGAGUCCGGAGUGUCUGGUGGCCGUGGCCUCUCCCGACCACAGCCCUGUCUAGGGGGCGGGAGAGCAGACCUAGCUCACUCAUCCACUGAGUCAGGCUUCAGGGCUUCAACCCCUUCCACAGUUGGCACUGCCAUCACGUUCAGGGCAUUUGAAGGGCGGCAGGGGGGUGUGGAUCUGUCUGGACAGACGUGCCCCGUUCAAAGGGAUGGGCUCCGCCUGGACGUUCCCGUCACCUUGGAACGGUCCAGGGUGGGGGGCAGGCUCAGCCCACCGUUUGAGUCUGGAGUGGGGGGUCUACUUGGAUGUACCCACUGCAUUCAAGGGCUUUGAGGGGUGCAGAUCUGUACCUUGGAAUGGUCCAGGGUGGGGGGCAGACUCAGCCCACCCUGUUUGAGUCUGGAGUCAGGGGUUUAUUUGGAUGUACCCACUGCAUUCAAGGGCUUUGAGGGGCAUAGAUCCACCCAGAUGUACCCACCACAGGGUCCAGGGGGGCACAGAUACUCCCAGACCCACCUGCAACGUGGGUGGGUUCCAGGGGGCACAGAUCCACCCACACACACCUGUCACAAGGGCGGGGUCCUGGGGGGGAUCCCGGGUGAAGCAGCCCCUGCCCCCAUGGAGGCCUGGCAUCCAGAAGGGGUUGUUAUGGAGGCGAGGAGUGUUUGCCAAAGCAGGCGACUCUUGCAUGGCCAGGAGGUUGAUUUUAAGGGACUUGUACUAAUAACCCCCCAAACUCUUACCUCAUGCCGUAGAGCUGUGUAGCACAUGACACCCCCCCCAGUCCUGGGGCAUGGCCCCCUCCCCUGCACACCCCACGCCCCCCACCCUCCUCUCUCUCUCUCUGAUUUUUUACAAGCAAUAAUGUCUCUGUCCGGAAUCGUCCUCGCAAAGAAAGGAUCGGGGCUGGGAUCCGCGGUGCUGGGAGUGGAGAUGGGCCAAGCCCCCCCCCCCCCCCCGGAGCUGGCGGCCUCCCCCUUCCUUUUGAUUUUGUCCACAGUGAAGGAGGAGGAGGGCAGCUCCAAAAUUUCUCCCGGAGGGAGGCAUUGCUGGCGGUAGCAAUGCAUUGGGGGGGGGAAGAGGGGGGACUGCACCAAAACCAGCGAGGAGUGAGGCUGAAGGAGCCUCGCUCCGCAGCUCUGCCCCUGGUCGCCCCAGACAGAGGGUAACCAGGGCCCCGGCUGGAAUGAGUGUCUGCCCCAGGCUGUGGCCCCGGGGUCGGGAAGCGGGGAGAAGCUGAGGCUUCCAACCAGACAGGCCCUUCAGCAACUGCUGCUAGAAAAAUCUCAUUCUCCAGGUGCCAAAUUGAGGGUGGGAUGGACAUGCACCCUGUGCCGGGGGGGGGGGGCAGGAGAGGGCCAGCUCCUGGGAUGGACUGGAACUAGAGCCUAUCCCAGGUAUCACUGUUGCUGGGGGGGGGGGAAGGAGGGGGGGAAAAUGCUUGCCCCCCAUCCCCCAAAAAACUAACUGGCUCCUCCUUUCUCCUUCCCUACAUUACUGGGCCCAAAUGGGAGAAGGGUCUGGAUCUAGCAUACCUUGUGGGGUGGCAGCAAGAUGGGGCAAAGGGGGAGUCAGAGCUCCUAACUCCCCUUAUCCCCCCAGCAACCUUAUACCUGGAAAGCCAACAUCCCCCCCCCUCCUUGUUUUCCUCCCCAAACCUGGCUCCCUCCCAUUCUCCCCCAAGGAGCAAAGCGAUGGGCUUUAUUUAUUAUUUAUUGAUUUUUAUAGAACUGGAUGGAUUUGCUGCUCCAAGGGGGGCAGGAUCAGCUUUUUAUGGGGUUUUGUUCACGUAUCAAAGGAUGAGAAGCCAAAAGCUUUAUUAUCCAAAAGACUCGGUCAGCGCAGGUGAGGGGGAGGGGCAGGGUGUGGUGUGGAGGAGAAGACGCCAGCCACAUUCGUAUCUUCCCCCCAUCUUAGUGCUCUCGUCACCCCUGUUCCUGGCUGUGCUUUGACAUUUGCAUGCGAUCAAAGAGGCCGGGUUGUUCCUCUGCAGAGUCUGUCCAAAGCACUAACAUGAAACCACAACUCUGCCUUUUUCAACCUAUAAAGAAAGACCAAAUGUC